UUCGAACCGGACGCGACCGCGGGUUAUCCUGGCGGAAUUUCGACACCAGUACCAGUAGAACUGAUCAGAUCUUUUGGCCUCCCCCUCGGCCGCACCUUUGGGAAAGCUGCUUAUCCGCGUGAUCCGCGAACUCCUAAAAAACGCAGUGGUGAACUUUGAAGUGUUUUCCCUGUGGCAUAAGUUGGGUAAAUCGGGACAGCAGUUUGACUUCAAAAGCUUCCGUUUCGUUCAAACUCCGGGGGCCAUCGGCGCGCGUGUUGGGUGAAGAGCAAAAAAAAAAAGACGUGAUGUGUACAUGAUGGAGUUUUGAUGAAGUGCUAGUGGGCUGCAAGCGGUUUUUUUUUUCGCUAGCGUCUCGUUACUUUUUCCACUCUUGCAGUAAGUUUGUUUGUUUUUUUUUUUGCUUGUUGUGUAUGUCCUAGUGCCUCAAUCAUACAUGUACGUGAGUUUCCAGCGUGGGUGGAAGAAAUUUGUGCUCCACUGCAAGCUGCACGCGAGUGAGCGGGCGAAAAAGUUCUAUGCAAAAAUGAAAUAAAACGAAUCCGUGCUGCUGCUAACAGCUGUGGCCCUGGUGUGGCGGCGGUCCGUGUCCUGGCGGUGUGAUCUAGUUCAAAGGACGACGGAUAUUUUCAUUAGCGGCGAGGAUGAUGUAAUUUUGCGGCGAGUCAAACUCCACCAACCAGCAGCAACUCGGUCAGCCGGUAUUAGUAUCUGAAUUAGUGGCGGCGGCGGAACCCGGAACGGUCGGACGACGGUUGAAUGGCGGCCAUCGGUGGUAGGACGAAUACGGCCAGAACUACCAGCGGUUGCUGCCGAUGCUGACCGGCGCGCGGUAUGUUCCAGCGAGUCAUUAUGUUACCGUCCGGCAGCAGUGGUACAAGUAGGCAGCAGCAGGUGGCAUCGCGUCCGUCACUCCAGCAGAACGGAAGUGCGACGAUUCGGGCAACAACAACAACAACGGCGGUGGUCAAUUUAAUCAAGUUAACUCGGUUGACCCCGGUGAUACGUGGUUUAUGAAGGUUGAUCUCGUCUUGGGACCCGAACCCGUUUUUGUGAAACUGAAUGUGGAAUCUAAUUAACGAGUGUUGAGAAUUGUGAAAGUGGCGAAACCCGAAACAAAACUAGUGCUUUACAUAGUAGUUUAAAGUAAAUAAGGCUGCAAGCCAAAAUGGAACUGAUAAGUUACGUGGCAGCUGUGACAUUGCUGACUUGGUUGCAAAUUCCAGGAAUUCCCGCCGUGAGUUGGGAGGAAUGGUGGACGUAUGAUGGAAUAUCCGGACCUGCCUUUUGGGGCCUUAUCAACCCGGAAUGGUCACUGUGCAACAAAGGUCGCCGACAGUCACCGGUCAACCUGGAGCCGCAGCGGCUCUUGUUUGAUCCGAACCUUCGUCCGCUGCACAUCGACAAACACAGAAUUGAUGGCACCAUAGCAAACACCGGUCACAGUGUGAUCUUCACAAUCAACAAUGAGACGGCCAUCCCGGCCGGGAUGCCCCAGCUUCUGGCGAAUUUGACCGGAGGUCCCCUGUCCUAUCGGUAUCGGUUCCACGAGAUUCACAUACACUACGGACUGCAUGAUCAGUUCGGAUCGGAGCACAGCGUGGAAGGUUACACGUUUCCUGCGGAGAUCCAGAUAUUUGGUUACAACUCGCAGCUGUACUCGAACUUCAGCGACGCCGUCUCACGAGCGCAGGGCAUCGUGGGGGUGGCAGUUCUGCUCCAGCUUGGUGAUCUAUCCAAUCCGGAGUUGCGAUUGUUAACGGAUCAGCUGGAGCGAAUUCGCUUCGGUGGAGAUGAAGCACUGGUGCGUCGGAUAUCCGUACGGAAUCUGCUGCCGGACACGGAGCAUUACAUGACCUACGAGGGCUCGACGACCGCUCCGGCCUGCCACGAGACGGUCACGUGGAUCGUGAUGAACAAGCCGAUCUACAUCACGAAGCAGCAGAUUCAUGCCUUGAGGCGACUGAUGCAGGGUGCCUCCGAUCAUCCGAAGGCCCCUCUGGGCAACAACUUUCGACCGCCGCAGCCUUUACUGCAUCGUCCGGUACGGACGAACAUUGACUUUCGAAACAAACAGGAAAAGGGGGGUAAAAUUUGUCCAACUAUGUACAAGGACGUUCACUAUAAAGCUAAUAGUUGGAAACACAACUAAACGCCAGCAGCAGUCCGUAGGGGAGGACGAGGAAGAUCCGGCGUACGACGAGGACAGCCUGGUCACCUUCGCCUGAAUGUGUAUACUUCGCGUGACGGACGGCAGCGCAGAAACUCUUAUCCAGCAUGCUUCCAGUGUACAGAGAACAAAACAAAAAAAAAACUAAACUAAACAAGACAGAAACCAGCAUCACAAAACACUUACGAGAGACAAGAGAAAAUACCUACUAGUAGUUAAAGCCAAACGCAAAUUCGAAUUGUAAACAUUGCCAGACUUUCCCCCGGCUUUUUUCCGGGUUCGGUUCGGAUUCGACAAAUUAGCACGAUUGUAUCGAGACGGAAUUAGUUGCGGAGGAAUUAAAACUUAGCCGGCAGGACGAAGUCGAAGUUUUCGUGACUAACCCUGAACUGGCUGGGUAAGACUUUCACCACCUAGUUUUCAACUUUUGAUUACUAAUUAUAGCUCUAAUCAAAUGGUGGCAAAUCUUGGUUUAGUUGUUCAGCAAUCGUUUCUUUGAAGAAUAUUUCCAGCUCGCUUGCGAUAGAGGGUUAACGGGUGCAAGAGUAUAGAGAAAAACUACCAGGAAUCACUCCACGGUAAAUGACGCCGAAAGACCCAAGCUGGGGGAAACUCUAUUAAAAGUUUGAAAUAAUUUGUAAAUAAUAUUAAUGUAACAAAAAAAAAAAAAGUAAAGCGCUUGCAGCAGCUUGCGCAGAGGUUGCAACUCCCAGCCCAGCACGAGAAGGCAUCCUGCUGGGCGUGAGGAGAGAAACGGAAGGCUGGCGAACCGGGGCCAACCGGAAAAAAUAGACCGGUGGAAGCGAGCAAAUUGUAGCAAAUAAAUUCCAUGCUGAGAAGACUAUAACAAAAAAAAAUCCCGAACCCGGUGCGAAAGGUGAUAGCGAAGAUGAGAAGGCGGUCUCUGUUGAUAGGAUGGAACAACAUUAAAAAAUGAAAAAAAAAAAAAAAAAAUGCGAGGAAAAACUUAUACCGGCUGGAAGAGUUGGGUGGCUUUCGGUUCGGUCCUGUUGCUUCGACUGCUGCUUGGAUGGGUUGUUUUUCCUCCUCCCCUUCUCCGGCUGAAUUAUCAUUAUAAUCGCAAUUUUUUGUAAGAAAAAUGAUACCAAUGGUGUCGUUAUGGUGGGAAAGGUGUAAUUUUUUUUUUAAAUUAUUUAAUAAUAGUUUGCUUGACUCGGCAGUCAAUUAGGAAAUGGAUAUGCAAAAUAAUUAAAGCCGUACUAAGUACACUCACAAUAGAUCUACGAUUCUGGUCGCAGUGAGGAAGUCCAUACAGGAAAAAGUACACGUUUUGUUUCGGUUGUCGGCCAAAUCGAAGAAGUUUUACUGAUUGCUUCCAUUUGCAAAAAAACGGCAUCAGCAAGGAACAAAUGUCACCCUCUGAACGAGAACUUACCUCACAACUCACGGAAAAUCUGGUUUUGUCUGUCACCUCACAAAAGCCUGGAAGGUGACGAAAGGGAACAGCUGUAGCGAUAAAGUUUUUCUUCCACCCGGCCGGGGUAAACCGAGUUCGAGUGAGUUGAUGGAUAGUGGCUCCUCUGAAGAAAGUGGUUAUUUUGUGUGCACCAGCGCCCUUUAAAGGAAACCUGCAGAUUGUUUUUUUUCUUCUUCUGUCACUCUUUGGUCAGAAACUAUCAGACUGUCAGUACUUACGUGACUAUUGAGUCACGGCAGCGGGUUCCCAACCACCCGACGGGGUGUCAUUAAUCAGCGUGUGGAGCGUUUCGAAGGGAAAGUCUUGUUUGACCGCGCAGUCCUUCUUCGAUCACGCGUUCGGUCACUCUUCCAGCCCGGUCAUCGUUGAGCAAUUGAAUUUUUUUCUGCUUAUUUGGGACGCUGGUCAUUCGUAGCAUUUACGAAGAUCAUCAAUCAAAAUCAGUGAAGGAGAAACGUUGAACCAGAGGACGGACGGGGGAUUACUUCUGAUUAGGAUUUACCUCCCUUUGGAAAGGAAAGGAUGGCAAGCGAGAGUAAAAGUAUCAACAUAUCAGCAGUUGUCAACAGAAAACGGAGUCGAGGAUUGCACAAGGCCUAACAGGCCUAAUCUCAGGUCAAAAAGAAAUCAUUUUCUCUUGCGUAAAAUCGUAGCUUAGUAUGUUGUUAUUUUUUGCUAGUUAUGUUGAAAAGAACGCAAAAUUCACUAGAACAGCCCGUUAGUUCAAUUAGGAAAAUUUAUACCUAAAUUCGACAAAAAAAUGGCGUUCCGGUUGACAGGAGGCUCCGCGAAGUCUGUUAAACUAGUAUACUGAACUAAUUGCUAAGCAAAAUCAAACCAUUUCAACUGCUGUAAAUAUCAACCGGAGACGAACACAAUCGGACCGCGAAGCGAAUCACCAUUUCUUCUGAACGAGUGUCAAUGAGCAAGUCAAUCGGCGGGGUGAAAAUUGCAUUAAUCAAACUUAUGAAUUACGAACAAAUCAAGGCAAAAAACUACCGGUCAAUGAGUGAAAUUACUCGAAUCGCUGGCAAAUCACCUAAAACAAAUGCAUACUAAACAUAUUAUUGGUUACAUAUCUCUCGUAUUCCUCCUAGCAGGAAGCAAAAAAUCAACUUUGAAUGUAUAAUGUAAGGCGACACGCUGAAAAAAAAAUCAACAUUUGCUUAAGCCCUACUGUACUUGCUAUUGUAAAACUGUAGAUUAAUAAUGGAAUGCUUGGCU